GGGGCCGGGCCGGGCCGGGCCGGGGCGAUGCUGCUGCGCCUGGUGCCCGAGUUCGAGCUGCGGAGGGACGUGGUGCCCUGGCUGGCGGCGCGGGGCUGGGCCGCGGCUCUAGAUACUUCUGAGAAUUCACCAGCACUAUAUGUUGUAAAUGUUGAAAGAAAUGGAAAAAUUAUUUAUACCUGGAAGGGAAGUCAGAGAAAUACUCAUAUUGGAUUGUACGAUCUUCAAACUAAACAAAAUGAGCACCUCUAUACAUUUGAGAAGGAUCUACAUAUAAUCAGCUGUUCAGUCAACAAUGAAAGGACAUUAUUAGCUGUCAGCUUCCAUCAAUACACAGAGGACGAACCAGCAAGUCAGCUAUUACAGUCAGUAUCCAAGUAUUUAACCCUGCUAAUUGAAAUUCAUCCCAUUAAUAAUGUGAGAGUCCUGAAGGCUGUGGAUAGCCGCAUUCGAGUGCAGUUUCUUUAUCCAGUUGAAGACAGAAAUGCUUCUACAGAAAGUCGCCUCUUGCUAGUUUCAGAAGAUAAAUAUAUUGAACAGUUUGACAUUCGUGUUGUUGCAGAAGAACACAAAGUGGUGAUUCAAAAGUCAGGUCAACUUCCAAGAGCCAAAGUUGCAGAUGACCUCGUUUGGGCACAGUGGGAUAUGAUGGAACAGAGGCUCUUCUACAUUGUUCCAAAGGAAUCAAAGAGUACUUUAAGGUGUGUCCAGUUUUAUCCUGAUGAAAAUUUUAACGCAAUACUGGAAUCACACCUGGAUAUUUCUGUAAAUGACACACAAUUGAAACUUGUGAAUUUUGGAUAUGAUUGCUGUCAAGACCAAGAUGUUGCAUCUAAAUCUUUGAACCUUCAGGUUUUUACAAGUAAAGCAGGAGGCUUGUGUGUGUGUUGUAGUCUAGCCUCUGAUACUCCUGAUGAAAUCAUGUACUCCAUAUAUUUUUUACAUAAAGGUUACAACAAAACUUUUACAGUUUCUCUAGAAAGAACAGAAUCUCAUCAAUUGAAGGAAGUGGCUUUUAUGAAUCUUGACUAUUAUGUGGCUGCUUAUUUGCCUGGCCAGUUCCUGCACCUCCUGAAUAUCCGACAUCCCGACCUGCUGUGCCAUAGUUUAUUUCUGACAGGUGAGGAUGCAAGAAUUGACACAUUACAAAACUGUUCCAUCCGAUCCCCACUCGUGUCAACAGUUUUGGAUUGCAAAGCAGGGAGUCUGUAUGCUGUGAACAUCAGUGACAGCACCUUGCUGCAGCUCCUACAGAGGAGCAAACAAGACAGUGAGAGAUUGGCAGCCCUGCAUUGUGCCCUGCUCUACUUCCAGCACACUGAAGAUUUGGAAAUGCAGAUUAUUCAGUGGAUUUCUGAGAACCUGUCGACAUGUCAUUCUUUUGACCCCAUUCAAGAAUUUAUCAUCGCCUCCCUGUACUGCAGAUUGUGUCCAGAAACUCAAAACCUGGAUAAACUUUUGCCCUACACAUCAUUGCUUGACUGGAUUGGGGUUGUCCCUGGAGUAAUAUGUGCAACAGACAUUAUUUCACUACCUGUGUUAGAGUUCCAAAACCCCAAAGGCUUCUGGGAGAAACUCAACUCAAACUUGGAGAGUGUGAAGUAUUCAGAGCCACACUUGCACUACCACAAUAAUGUGCUCAGGAGGGAAUGGCGUAACCUUUCAGAAGAGAGAGAAGAGAGACGAACCACAGCGUAUUUGAGGAAUAUUUUUGAAAAUGCUAAAAAGGUGCUUUCUCAUCUAGACACUUGGGACUCUGAGGCGAGGCUGGUCCCUCUCUUUGAAGAGGAGGAUUAUCAGCAGCAAUUACUGAUGGGACUGAUGGUUGCUCAGCUAAAGGAUCACCUUAUGAGACAUCUACAGUAUGUAGGAAAAAAAAAGAUUGACCAAAUAGUUUUGGAUUACGUUGCAAACCUGCUGAAUCUGAUACACCGAAUAAUGAAAGAAGUUUGGAGGAGAUACCAGCUUCAUUCCUGUGUCUUCUGCUUUGAUGAAAGAGGAAGUGCAGCAGAGUUUGCGGUGUUCCACAUCAUGAGUCGGAUUCUGGAAGCAGCAAACGGCAUGUGCAUGCCUUUACCUCCUGGUUUUCACACUCUGCACUUGGGUCUUGGUGUUCGUUGUCUCCCUCUGCACACCCUCCUGCACUACAUUGAUAUUGGAGUCUUGCAGUUGACAGAAACGUGUGUCAGGAAAUUGCUGAAAGAUCUGGACGACACUGAACAGAAUGAAAAGCUGAAAUUUAGUAUUGUCAUGAGGCUUCCUGAGGCUCUUGGUCAAAAAGUCCGCCAGUUCUGGAAUCAUCCCAUAAAUGCAAAUUUAAUUGCACGGAAAUAUGUUAAGCUUUUGCUCGAGAACCUGGGAAACAGGCAGUGCACCAGGUCUAUCCCUGAGAGAUUCUCAGUCCCUGUGGAGUUUUUGCCACUGAACUACCUGACGAGUAUGUUGACAGAGAUAGAGAAUCAAGGUGUGCAUCCAUAUGAAAAACAAGACCAUGUUAAUGCAAGAUUUGUAGAGGAAAUGGCACUCAAGCACACUAUGACGCUUUUGGGCCUCAAAUAUUCCUGAAAUAUUGUGCUGUUGAAGAAGGCUGUCGAACUAUGGUGCUUGUGUAAAAGUAUUCACUUAAAUGCCAUGUUGUUUCCCGAAUCACCUGCAGUUUUGGGUAGCUGCUGGUACUGACAUGAGCUACGCAAAACAGUCCAACAUACUAAGGUUGAAAUUACUGACUUCUAGAGAAAUCCUAGAGAAAUGCAUUUGACAUGGACCCAAGUUUGAAAUAUAUCUGUGGUUUCAUUUGGAAGUGAUCAAGUAGGUGGAACGACAGCGGGUAUCAAAGCACGCUGUGAAAAUUGGUAUUAAUGUCAUGUAUUUUAACACGACAGUCCUGGAAAAAGCAGUCUAAAACAGAAACAGAAACAAGAACCAGCAACUGUCUGCUCAGAUUAAUAAAAGGAUUUCUUGGUGUGAUUAUGUAAAGUAGGUAAGAAUAACAAAUCAGUUUUAUGUCAGGCAUCAGUAAUGAUGUAUUCUUUCCUUGUAGUGGUCAUC